ACCAGUGGCCAGGGUCGCUGCACCAACCAGCAAGACGGCGUCCGAAAUGGCAGCCGAGGGGGAUAAACUCUGGGGAGGAAGAUUCAGCGGAAGCACAGACCCAGUCAUGGAGAUGCUCAACGCUUCCAUUACCUAUGAUCAGAGACUGGCUGAAGUUGACGUCCAGGGGAGCAUGGCUUAUGCCAAAGCCUUGGAGAAGGCUGGGAUCCUGUCUAAGACUGAGCUGGAGAAGAUCCUGAGUGGCCUGGAAAAGAUCUCUGAGGAAUGGUCAAAAGGAGUCUUUGUGGUGACCCAAAGCGAUGAGGAUAUCCACACUGCCAACGAACGCAGACUAAAGGAGCUGAUUGGAGACGUAGCUGGAAAACUGCACACUGGGAGAAGCAGGAACGACCAGGUCGUGACUGACUUGAAGCUGUUCAUGAAGAAUUCCCUCUCUGUCAUCUCCACUCACCUCCUGCAGCUCAUUAAGACCCUGGUGGAACGCGCUGCCGUAGAAAUUGAUGUUCUCUUCCCUGGCUACACCCACCUGCAGAAAGCUCAGCCCAUCAGAUGGAGCCAGUUCUUGCUCAGCCAUGCUGUUGCACUGACCCGUGAUUCCGAGCGCCUGGGAGAGGUGAAGAGGAGGAUCAACGUCUUGCCUUUGGGAAGCGGCGCUCUGGCUGGCAACCCACUGGACAUCGACAGAGAGCUUCUGCGUAGUGAGCUGGACUUUGCUUCCAUCAGCUUGAACAGCAUGGAUGCCGUUAGCGAGAGAGACUUUGUGGUGGAAUUCCUCUCUGUUGCCACCCUGCUGAUGAUCCACCUGAGCAAGAUGGCUGAAGAUCUCAUCAUCUACAGUACCAGCGAGUUUGGCUUCCUAACCCUCUCUGAUGCUUACAGCACUGGCAGCAGCCUGAUGCCUCAGAAGAAGAACCCCGAUAGCCUGGAACUGAUCCGCGGCAAAGCGGGACGAGUGUUCGGACGGCUGGCUGCUAUUCUCAUGGUUCUCAAAGGACUUCCGAGCACCUACAACAAGGAUCUGCAGGAGGACAAGGAGGCCGUCUUUGAUGUUGUGGACACCCUGAAUGCUGUGCUCCAGGUGGCCACCGGAGUGAUUUCUACCCUCCAGAUCAACAGGGAGAACAUGGAGAAGGCUCUGAGCCCUGAGAUGCUGUCUACUGAUCUGGCUCUCUACUUGGUUCGUAAAGGAAUGCCAUUCAGACAAGCCCACGUUGCCUCUGGGAAGGCCGUCCACCUCGCCGAGUCGAAAGGCACCACCAUCAAUAAUCUCAGCCUGGAAGACCUGAAGAGCAUCAGCCCCCUGUUCGGCAGCGACGUCUCCCAGGUCUUCAACGUUGUCAACAGCGUGGAGCAGUACACGGCCAUGGGCGGCACCGCCAAGAGCAGCGUCACUGCCCAGAUCGAGCAGCUGCGGGAGCUGCUGAAGAGGCAUAAGGAGCAAGCUUAGAGUGUGGGGAGAGAUCCCGUGGAUGCAGCGGUGUGCCUGUCACACUAAGCUGGAGUUAAUAAACACUGGGGUGCGUGUAGUUCACUGAAA